AUGCGCCUUGGUGAGGACAUGGAGAGGAAUGUGCUCUGUGGCUUUGGCUCCUCUGUCCUGGGCUCUGUGCUCUGGUUCUGGUCUCUGUCUGGCAGCGGCAGCAGCAGCAGCCGCUUCCACUGCGAGCAGCUGGAGGCCACCCUGGUGCAUAAAAGCCACCAUGGCUGGUUCAGCUACCACUACCAAAGGCCUACCUCACUCUGCACCCUCCUGUGGACAGGGGUGGCCAGGCUCUGCAGCAGAGCCACUCACCCAGGGGACACUGCAGGAGCAGAGAUGGAGCCUAGCAGCAGAGCCACAGUGGCCACAGGGCUGGGGGUCAUGUGCAUGCUCGCAGUGGCUGCGGAGCUCAGCGUGGCUGAAGACCAAGGUGUGGUGGCACCCAGGCACUGCCUGCUGUCACACUAUCGCUCCCUGGACCCCAGAGCACUGGCGGCAGUCAAGGCGCUGAGGGACAGCUAUGGGCAGGAGACGCUGAGCUGGUGGCCGCGCAACUGCUCGGGGCGCGCUGCGCGGGAUCGGCCAAGGCCCUCGGUGAGGCGGGCUCGGCGGGGAGGGAGGCGCGGCCGGCGCGGCCCCCGCUCACCGCUGUGGCCCUCACAGUCCUGCGCCUGGCUCCGCCGCGUGGCCCGGCGCAUCGCCAACGCCCGGGACGUGCUGAGCAGCCUGCGCAGCCGGGAGCGCUUCCCCGGCGCCGGCCCGACGCUCGAGCUGCUGGAGGCCGCCGGCAGGGACGUGGCGGCCUGCGUGAGUGACGGCCGCGCCCGCGACUGCGCCCCCGGGAGGGAGCGGGACACGCGUGACUCCCAUGCGGGGGCCGCCCGAUGCGGGGCCGCGGUCGGGAGGGGAACGGCGGCUCCGGGCUCCUGCUUGACCGCUCGUCCCUCGCAGCUACAGCCGGCGCGGCCGGGCUCCAGGAGGAGGUCCCCGCGGCCCGCGAGGAGGCCACCCGAGCGGCGGCGGGCGGACUCGCCUCGCUGCCACGAGGCCUCUGCCAUCUUCCACCUGCUGCGCCUGCUCACGCGAGACCUCAGGCUGGCCGCGACCUCGGGGCGCUGCGUCUGACCGCUGCGGGGUUCGCGGGACUCGCGCUCUCCACGCCAUUGGCUGCAGCUCACCGGACGGACGUGUCUCUCAGCCAAUGGACGCCGAGGUUCGAGCGAGUCUCUGCCACAAUUGGCCGGACCUUGAAGCACUCGUGCUGGGCAGAAAUAGCGAGCGGUUUCCCAAGGCAGAGACCUUGUUGCCGGGAAGCGGUGCGCCUUGCUUGGGAUGAGUUGCCACAAGCUCUGCCAGCUCCGCGUGGAGGAAGUGACUUGAGCUCUGGGCGCGACCGUGGCUGACUACCUACUAGAGAACCAACCCCUGCUUCCCGGAAUCUUCACCUUCUGCUGCGCGUCCCAACCGCUGGUUUGAACUGUGCAGGACUCCCCUAAGAGUCUGUGAAUCCACUCCUUUGGAGAUAGACCCAAGGGACCCAAUUUCCUAGGCGACGAGGGAGUGAAAUGCCAAACUAGCCUUCAGCUGCUGUCUUUGGAUCCUGUUACGUGUGUGCUGCUCACAUGGGUGAAACUCCAUGCAUAUUUCUUAUGCUGACUGCUGGUGUUAAUAUAUCACCGCUAUUAAAUACUGUCCCAUUUGCCUUGGGGUUUUCUGUACCAUGAUUUGAGGUGCACUGUACAGCAAAAAGGGCAGAACCAGAGAAUUGGUGACUGUGUUGCAAUUCUGACCUGCUGUUUACCACAGUGUAGCGCGACCAAUAAAUGCUCCCAGAAACUCGGUCUCCUCGUCUAUAAGACAGAGGAGGGAGGGUAUUCUACUUUCCUAAUAAAUCAACAAGUCACUGCAUUA